UAAAAUCUUAACCUUAUAUAGACACACACACAGCCCUUAGCCCUUGUCCUUACCAUUUCUCCAACUAAAAAACCCUCCAAAAACCCUUUUAGACUUCCCCUACUUUUGUAGUAACAUAAAAAUCUCUGUUUUCGUUUUCUCUUCAAGUUUUUAAUUAGCGACAAUGGAGAAUGUUCUGGGUGGUCAAAGCUUGAUGGUAGGGGAGGACAAGAGGACGAGAAAGACGAAGAUAGUAUGCACGUUAGGGCCACAGUCAAGGUCUGUUGAGAUGAUUGAGAGGCUUUUAAUGGCUGGCAUGAACGUUGCUCGCUUCAACUUUUCGCAUGGAACUCAUGCUUAUCACCAAGAAACCCUUGAUAAUCUUAGGACUGCCAUGAACAAUACUGGCAUUCUCUGUGCUGUCAUGUUGGACACCAAGGGACCGGAAAUUCGGACUGGAUUCUUGAAGGAUGGCAAGCCUGUGCAGCUCAAGCAGGGCAUGGAGAUACUUAUCACUACUGAUUAUAGCUUAAAGGGUGAUGAGAAUAUGAUCUGUAUGAGCUACAUGAAGUUGGCUGAAGAUGUUCAGCCAGGAAGUGUUAUUUUGUGUUCUGAUGGCACAAUUUCACUAACAGUUUUGGCUUGUGACAAGGACUCGGGAUUGGUCCGUUGUCGCUGUGAAAAUUCUGCUGUUUUGGGUGAGAAGAAGAAUGUCAAUCUUCCUGGAGUUGUCGUCGAUCUCCCUACCUUAACAGAGAAGGAUAAGGAGGAUAUCCUGAAGUGGGGUGUCCCUAAUAAGAUUGACAUGAUCGCACUGUCCUUUGUUCGCAAAGGUUCAGAUCUCGUGGAGGUCAGAAAGCUGCUAGGGAAUGAUGGAAAGAACAUCCUUCUCAUGUCAAAGGUUGAAAAUCAAGAAGGAGUUGCUAAUUUUGAUGACAUUCUUGCAAAUUCUGAUGCAUUUAUGGUUGCACGAGGUGACCUGGGAAUGGAAAUUCCAAUUGAGAAAAUAUUCCUAGCUCAGAAAGUGAUGAUAAACAAGGCCAACAUAAAAGGAAAGCCUGUAGUGACUGCUACUCAGAUGUUGGAGUCCAUGAUCAAAUCUCCAAGGCCUACUAGAGCUGAGGCUACGGAUGUUGCCAAUGCAGUUCUUGAUGGUACUGAUUGUGUGAUGCUCAGUGGAGAAACUGCUGCUGGAGCCUACCCUGAGCUUACUGUUCAAACCAUGUCUAGAAUAUGCAUGGAGGCUGAGAACUUCAUAGAUUAUGGGCAUCUUUUCAAGACAAUUAUGGCAACUGCUCCUAUGCCUAUGACCCCAUUAGAAAGUAUGGCUUCUUCAGCAGUCAAGACAGCAAACACCAUCAAAGCAGCAUUUAUUUUAGUCCUAACCAAGGGUGGAACCACAGCAAAGUUGGUGUCUAAGUACCGACCAAGCAUGCCAAUUUUGUCAAUGAUCGUUCCAGAGAUUAGAACUGAUUCCUUUGAGGGGUCAUGCAGUGAUGAAGCUCCAGCAAGGCAUAGCCUUAUUUACCGGGGUCUGAUGCCUGUUAUGACCUCAAUAUCAGGAAAGGUUUAUCAUAGUGAGUCAGCUGAAGAAACAAUUGAGAUGGCCUUCCAUUAUGCGAAGAUGAAGGGACUGUGCAAGCCAGGAGACUCGGUUGUAGCAUUGCAUAAGAUUGGUACUGCUUCUGUUAUCAAGAUCUUGCGAGUGCAGUGAUCAUAUUGUGGACAGAUUGGGUUGAAAGAUUUUACAGAUGAUGAGGCAUCUAAUUUUUUAAUAGUUUAUCGUCAGUUUAAGUGAUGUUGGAACAAUGACAAGUAACUGAAUAUUGAAGAGAGCAUCUUCACAAUUUUGGCAAUUUAUUUUGUGCUCUGCGUA